AUGACAAAGACAGGUGGUGUCACUCGUAGAGAGGCCCGAAAGGGCGUCAAAAAGUCAAAGGACUUGAUGGCAUUUUCCCAUGAUGUCCCCUUGUCGCCAUCUCCUAGAGACCACCGCCAGCGGAAGCUAGCAUCCAUACUGGCCGGCCUCAACCAUCUUCGUGCGCCGGUAGUGUCCUGCCUGAAUGCAUUCCAUCUUUGGUCUGAAGUUGGUAAAAAGGUGAUUUGCACAUUGGUGACCCUGCUCUUUGCGAUCCCUGGCCUUGACUGGUCGAAUCCAACAGACCACCUGGAGCUCUUUUGCGGGAAGGGAGAGGUCACCAUGGCAGAAUUGGAGGUCAAGAGGUUCGACUGGAAGAUCAAGGAGUUUGGCCAAGGGAUGGCAAAGUGUCGCACACGUGUCCUAAAGUCCCACGGCAAGAUGGCACGAAGCUUUGCCCGGGCUUCCCAGCUGUCUGCAAACAAGGCAGACACCCGCAAGCGUGUCAAUUCGGCCUGGACCAAAGGGGCCCAGCUUGAGAGUGUCAUCAACUUCUUGUCUCACUAG